CAGCAGGUAUCCAGCAGUAAAUUAAGUCGGAGAAGGUAUAAAAACCGAUUGCCACGCGCGUCAUCUCCGUUAUAUUAUUCAACCUGUAUCGUGCUGCCAUCCCACAGCCAUGAACGCUAUUGCGAAUACCUUCGUACCCGAGAAGACCAACCUUCGUUCUUUCCUUCCUCACCUCUUGCUUUCUCACUCUCCCUCUCUCCUUCAUUGUCCACGUUAUUGGUACACACGAUGAAUAUUUAGCAAGGACCGCUUGUUCUCCAACGUGAUAAGAAUAUUCACUUAAUUCACCACGGUAAAACAUAGCCAAUUUGAAUUUAAUUACGUCGCAGUGGCACGUUUUCCGCUCGAACUUUUGCUUUGAUUGUACGCAUUUCUCUUUUUUCUUUUUUUUUUUUUCUGAGUAAUACUUUACUCGAUAAUAACGCGCUUUUUUUCGAGAUUGAUUUUUCUGCAAAAUGUGAACGUAAUAUUAUUGAAAAAAGGAGAAGAAAAUAUGAAGCUAUAACGUUCGAGACGAUUAAACGAAUCACGUUUCUGUGCGAAAGGAAUGUUGAUGAUUUUUAUUCGAAUUCAACUUCUCUGGAGAGACUGUAUAAUAUCUCAUCAAGCGAUCGAAUAAUUCUAUAAAAAGAUACUGAAAGAUCGUCUUUUUUUUUUUUUUUUAAGGAGAAGAACGUGUCGAAUCAAAGGUAGUUGUAUCUGUAUUAAAUGUCAUUUCCUUGAAUACAAUGAUAUUACUAAUUCGUGUUAUCUAUUCUCAGAUAUUACAUAAUAUUAUAUAUACCGACAGCCAUGGUGUACUAUGCAAUAUCGGCGGUGUAUUGUUUCAAACGUUGUCUGUAAUUCAUACCGUAUUAAAGCUGUUCUGCUUUAAACAAACGGCCUUGUAACAUUGUAAGAUUAUUGCCAGGGUAUUCGAAUUUCGAUUGCAAAUAUUACAUCUCGCCAGCAACCGAAUACUUAACAUAUUACUUGCAAUGUUGAUUAAAAAAAAAAGAAAGAAAGAAAGAAAAAAAAUUGCAACUCAACGACACCGAUAGACAGUAAAAAAGUACGGAUAAGCCGAGAGAUUCUUGAUGAGUCACGAUGCACAUAUGUAUCCCAUUGUAUAAUUAAUCUUUGUUUCUUGUUAAAAAAAAUAUGACUAUAUCUCUCUUAUGUAACGAUAAAUGAAAGGAGUACACAUCUUGGCUUAAGUAAUACUGUCUCGACUAAAUAUUUUCACUAUACAACUACUAGCCGGACUGUGGCGAUUUGUAUACAAAACAUUCGUAAAAAAAUGGCGAUGAACGCAAUUAUUCCUGUUACGCGUUUCGAAUUUACGAGCGAGACGCGAUGUCUUCAUUUAAACAAGGAUACAUUUCUUAUUCUCCGAUGUUCGAUCACGAUUAGGUCAUACAUGGGCUUGGCAAGGAAAUUACGGUUCUUCGCUUGAUUUCAGAUAUAUUAAUAGAAUGCCAAAUUACCAUGAAGAACUAACUAUCGAUCUUCCUGUCUCGUUUUUUUCCACCCAUUACACGCAGGAUUAAUUUUUUAUCAUCAUUCAAAAAUUCUUCCUUAUUAUAUCGAUAUUGAUUUUUUUUUUUACCGAUAUUUUCUAUCCUCCUUCUUCUCGUUCCUUGUUCUUUUCUUUUUAUACGAAGAAGAAAACGAAUGCAUUUAGGCCAACUAUUUUUUUUGCCCCCUUCCGUCGAGUUCUUGUCAUAUGAUAAUGCGAUCAUUUUUCUUGGUUGCACUGUGGAAUUUGCACUGUGUACUCGCAUGCAGCUUAGCGCCACGAGUAGAUCCUUGUACGCGCGACGUGUGACACGAAAAGGUUGAACGAGCACGGCACUAGGAAAAAUUUGCAUAAGUCUGUAUUCUCGCUCUCUCUCUCUCUCUCUUUCUCUAUGACCCACGAUCACAGGACUGUGCUAGAAGUUCACGUUGAAUCCCCGUAUACCGUGAUUUCUCCAACGUUCCACGUAGCACAUACGUUACGGCGAAACAGCUCUUUCUUAAACAGGUCAGUUUAUAAUUUCGUCCGUUCGGUUCAAUUUCGAGUCGUUUAAUCGAUUAAAAACUAUAUACAGAAUUAGGAGGAAUACUUUUCUUCGGAUAGGAAUCUCUAACGUAUAUUUCUUCAGCGCGAGCAAUUUCACCGGGACGGUGAGAUUAUUCACCCUACCCUUCACCGCUCGAUUCGAAAUUAGCACCCACACCGUUCAGCUUGAACUCGCCUUCUUAUUAUGCGACCUUACCCUGGGGACCUUACGGUUGAGACGCGUGCACACGUGCACACGGGAGAAGUGAAAGGUAGGGUGGUAACACAGAUUUAUCUUCACCGGUGUACGGUUUUACCGUGGCGCACCGUUCUGUGCAUGAUCAGAUAUUAAGCGCUGAAUAGCGCACCGAUGCCUUUUUAUAUCCUCUCUUGUCGACUCUCGCUGACAUUCUCGCGCACAAACCGCAACAACUCGUUCGCAACUCGCCAACUUAUCGACAAAAGACGCGAUUCCACCGCGAGGAAAGUGAGAUAGGUGCGACUGAUCGAUAAAAAAGAUCAACGAUGGUAUGGAAGAAAGUUUUCGACCAUCCGAGUUGGGCAAAAGAUUAUCGUUCGUUCUAGCAACGAUCUUUCUUGUACUAACACUGCGUCGUAACGUGUGAACGAUCUUUUCCUUCUUCAAAUCGACACAAUGCUCUCUCUUUCUCUCUCUUUUCCUUUUCCUCUUCUCUCUUGAUUUUUCAGAAGAGGAGAAAAAACUCAAUCGAUUAAUUACCAUAAUAGGAUAAUCGUUUGCUUGACCCGCAACACUAUUUGCCUGGAAUGAUAAAGACAUGUUCUCGCCCGAUAAUAUGUACACAAUGUGUUGAUACUAUUAUGUAAUGAAAAGGGUAGCGUUAUCGUGUUCAAAACGUGCUUAUUCACGUGGGCGAUUUUCUUUCUUUCUCUUGAUCUUAGCAACGUAUUUAAUAAUCGUUUCGUGGAAUUGGCACUCGUGUUUUCCUUUUUCUUCCGUGGCACUUGCAUCGUGGCUACGAUACUGUUACGCGCGAUGAACAAUGAAGAAUCGCACGCAGAAAGACGCGCGAUCGUGUUCUCCUCUCUUUUCUCUGUUUCUCGUUGUAGCUUUCUUUGAUGGGAAAUCGGAAGCACGAACGUAUCUCAUCGAUGGAUAAAAACAAUAAAUAACGUUACUUUCACCAAUGAAUGACAGACACUGUAAAUACAAUUUCCGAUGAAAUUACCAUCGCUAUAUCUCGUUUUCUAUCGCUAAUUUAUUCCGCACUCGAUUCCUGCUGAAUUUCUAGGAAAAUGAAGAGGUGGUAGCGCGUCAAAGUUCGUUGAAAUAGAGGAAUUAAUCAAUCCCACACCUUGCGCGGUUAAUUAUAUCUAUGAUCGUAAUUAUUAAUAUUCUCAUCGUGCAAAUGUAAAAACGUAAUCACGAGAAUCCAUUGUCUCAAGGAAAAACUUUUUUCUCUAUCUCUCCUCCCCCUUUUUUCGUGAAAUUGUCGCUCAUUCUAGAGGAACCGCUUCGAUCAUCAAAAUGAUCGCAUUUUUUCGAAGCAUAUUCGGUAAAUUCGCAUUUGAGGAAAAAAAGAACAAUAUAAAAAUAUCAAUAUAAAAAUACAUGGACCGGAUAAUUAAUUUAAAACCUGUCUCUUUUUAAUUCUCUCAGAAUAAAGAUUAAGCGAACGUUAAUUGCACUUUUAAAUUCUUAUUCGGAACGUGUAAUUAUCCUGAGAUAGCUACUGGUUCGAAUUAUUUCUUCAUCGAAGCUUUAUCUGUGUGUCGUUUUCACGGUCCUGUUUGUAUUCAACUUCUUGCCGCAACGUGGUAGGGAACUCCUCGAUGACGGUACGCGCGGUUUAUUACAGAUAAACAUUGUAAUUGCACCGUGAUCCACUUAUUUCUCUUCCUAUACCGUGGUGGAUCGUGAAUUUAAUUAUACCUCGCGAUGUACCAAACAUUCGUGUUAAUUGUAAAAUCUUUUCUUGUAUCAAUUCUAUAAGAAAAAAUUUUAAUUAUAAUUCUGUAAGAAAAAAAAAAAUUGAAAAAUUUUGGACGAAGGAUGUGUAAUAUUCCCUUCGUUAGAGGGUAUCCAAUUCGAAGGCAACCGCAAUAACUUUACCUUAUUCAUUGCUUGACCUGUUUCUUACUCGAAUCAACAUUAAUCUUCGUUACUCUCCCUUUUCGUAUUAUCGAUUUUUCUCCGUACACACCGUUGAAAGAUGUUUAAACGACAGCAAAUUGAAUGGAAUCGCAUUAAUCAGUCACUUGUUUUACACCUGGACUCGGGGACAAUUUGUAAAUACUUUCACAAUCAGGUCAAUUCACUUGUUUCAUUCGGUCUUUUUAUUUUUUUUUACUUGACGAAUAUGGCGUACAUUCAAUUAUUAUUAUCUUGUUGUGAUAAAUCAAUCGAUAACGCGUCUUAAAAAAGCUAGAAUAGAGUCCGCUGAACAGUGAAAAGUGAAAGUAUAACGAGGAAGAGAUAAAAAUUAACUAUUAAAUUAAAAAUUAUUGUAUUCUUUAUAUAAAUUCAUAGUAAUACACGUAAUAUAGUAAUAAUAAAAUUAAAUAUACAUCUUUUACUUUCAAAUGCAGGGUUAAUUAUCAAUCAGAUUUUUCACCCAUCUUUUCUUGUUCAGAAGAAGAAUCUUAUAAAGAAAAAAAUUAGUGCAGAAUUCUCUAAUGAUCGAGACGUAACAGAGAGAUGGGUUCUCGAAUGUUAUGGGUCCCUCGUUUGGCCCCCAUCGAGGGACACUCGAUAGGGGAAGGUCCCCUUCCUCCUGUCCUGAGCUCGGAUCUCGCGACGGUCUCGCAGUGCUUACGGGAGUUUGUAAACGAGUCGCCAUUUAGCAACGUGAGAGACGCGUGUAUGACGAAGUGGAGACAUCGUGGUCUCAUCGAGAAAACGUAUCCAGAAUCGUGACGGUCUGCUUAGUGAUCUUGAUCGUAUUUUUUUCUGUGUCACGAGCCGAACACGAUCUGGCCGGGAGUGUGACGCGUUCUAAGCGAUACGUGUUGUUACCGUUCACGGACAAUGGGCAAGGACGAUCGUUUCAAUUUCUCUCCACUCGUUUGUUUACCUCAUCAAACGCAGCUGCUGAAAUACGUUACUGCGAUAUCUCUCGAAACUAGAAACGCUAGAAGGAUGGAUUUGUUGCAGAAAGCGUCUGCCGUGUUGAUUGUCCUCGAUGAUUUGAAAGACACCGCGAUAUUUUAAGCGAAUUAUCGCAGAAUAUUUUUAAAAAGUUAUUUAGUUCGGUAUUGUGCGAUAACGAUUAUAACCAAGAUAGUGCAACGUUUCCGUGCAUAUGUACAUCGUGUGUCAGUUGUUCUGGUGAAAGACAAGGCAAUUCCUUUGUUAAGUUCUUGAUUCAAUGGAUUAACGGAUGCGUGUCAUUUAAAAAAAUACGACGAAACUAUCGACAAUUGUGUCCUGAAAAAUAAUCAUCGUGUCUGUCGCGUUUCAAGAUUGAAACACGUGGAAUACGAAUAAAUUUUUACCAUCAUUGUCUUCAAAGCGAAUAGAUAUGUUGGAUAUUACGCGGAAGUCGACGUGUUUCUUUCUCGAAGAAACUUUGCGAUAUAUGUUUUCUUAAAAUCAGUAAAAAAAAUCAUUAACGAAUUAUUAAUGAACUUUCACAAAUAUAUACAACGAACAAAUAACUUCGGUUGAAUUAUUAGAUAAUUUUUUAAGUUAUUCUUCUGUUUGUUAUCCUCAAAAAAAUUAUGUUUAUCCAUUUUACUAAAAUUAAUUUUUCCAAAAUAUAAAUCGAAGAUCUUUACGCGAUCGUUCGUUAUUGGUAUAAUAAAACAUAAAUAAAUACUCGUGCAUAUACACGUGUGUGCUAAUGGAUUACGCGUAAGUGUCUGUGGAUUGUGCUCAUGACGCAAUGAUCCUUGGAAGUGCAAUUUAUUUUUCUCUUUCAACUCCGUCGUCGAUUGUUUCAUUGUAAACUGUAGAAAAAUUCUUAUACAAAACGGAAAUGCGAAAUGUCGUUGAGUAAAAUCUGGAUUAAGUCAACAUAACAAGGAUGCCAAGCGUGUUAUCUGUAACGUGAGAAAAUAACUCUCUCGUCUCUCAUUGCUGUGCUUAUUAACAGUGAUAUCGUGAAUGCAAAGCCAACUUCUCAUUUUAACGCGUUGAACUGCUAUUCGAUAUCUCAUAAUUCGAUCAUGAGAAUGAUAAAAAUGAAUCGUUAUUUUUCUUCUUUAUCUUAUUUAUCUUUAAAAUUGUAUGAAUGAGAAAAUUUAUAUUCGUUAUCAUUGUUACACAUAACAAUAUAUAGAUUGGACAUAUAACUGUUACAUAUAACAGUAUCUAUAGUUGAUAUCUAUUUUAGAAGAAAAUAUUCUUUCGAUAUUCGAUUAUUUAUUGAUUCCGGUCGGGUGAGGAAGUGAAAGAAAAAGACGAUAGUUGCGGUUAUGUUAAACAAGGAAUUUCGCAUAAAAAGUGAAAAAUGAAAGUAGACAAUAAAAUUUCAAGAUCCGAUGGAGUUAUAUAUAUAUAUGUAUUUUUUAUUAACAAUCGUAAAUUUUAAUGACUUAAAUUCUCGAAAAAUUCUAUCGAUAAAAUUUCCUGAUUAUGAAGUUGCAAUUAAAAAAAAUCAUUAAUUAGUUAUUAGAGAAUUUUUUGCCUCGUUAGAGGAUAAUUCAAAUCACUUUCACUGACGUGUACUAUACAUAAUGAUUAUUUUUAUCUUACACAUUCUAGAAAAGAAGCGUAAAUUCAAGGAAUUUUAAUUUCUCAAUCGUUUCUUCGAUCGUUUUGUAAGCAAAAAACUUGUUUUUCUUAUAGAAAUAUUUUUAUUAACAGCUUUAACAAACUUUGUUUCUCAUAUGUAUAAUUUUGAUCAUCAUAUCAUUAUAGAAAAAAAUUUAUAGACUUGUUAUAUGACCAAAAUGAAGACGUUUUAUACCAUGAUGAUUUCCUUUCGAAUUAUAUUAAAAUAUAAACUACAUUUUGUACUUUGUCAUAAGAGAUCGUUUCAUAAUUUUAUCAUACAAUUGUGAUUGAAAAACAUUAAUUUCAUUAAAAUGAAUGAUACUGAAACGUGGUUGUCAAGCAACCAUCGUUGCUUACAUAGAGGAUUAAAAAAAUAUCCUAGUAUUGAUAAAAAAUUGUGGGAUCCAAGUAGUAAAUGGAUUCUCCAAUGGGAUAAUAUUGUAAAACAUCCAGGUGCUAGAGCAAGAGGAUGUCAUUGUGAUAUUCACAAACCACCAUGGUUAUAUCCAAAUUUAGUUGGGAAAAUCUCUGAUGAAACAGAUAGAGCUGUAAUUAAAUCAGCUCCUGUGAAAAGAUCAGCUGCUCCUCUAAAAAGAGGACAAUUUGGUCCAGCAAAAACUUCAUCUUCAACUCUAGCUCAGCCUGGUAAUACACCUUCCAUGGUUCCAAGGGCUACAACCGUCAAAAGAAACGUGUCAGUAAAAUCGACAUCAGCUCAAGCUGGUGCCGUUGAUGAAGAAACUUUCCUUACAACAUUCGAAGAUGUGCCAUCCGUAAAUUUAUUUUCCGCAAAAGAUCUUGAAGAGCAAAUGAAAAUUAUAAGAGAUAACGUUGGUGAUGAUAAAAAGGAUUGGAAACAAAGGACAGAAAGUAUGAAAAAAUUGAGAGCAAUCAUUAUCGCAGGUGGUACGAAUUACGAAAACUUUUUAGAAAAUUUGAAGAAUGUUCAGAGACCUUUUGAAGUUGCUUGCACGGAUCUUAGAUCGCAAGUAGUAAGGGAGGCAUGCAUUACUUUAGCAUAUCUUAGUCAACAGUUAAAAAAUAAGUUUGCCAGCUUUGGAGAAGCAGUCUUACUCACCUUAAUGAAUCUCAUACAAAAUAGUGCCAAGGUUGUGGCAACAGCUGGUGCCGUAGCAGUAAGGUUUAUUCUUCAAAAUACACAUUGCAGUCGUUUUGUGCCAAUUAUCACAUCAUGCUUAAGUCACAAAAGUAAAGACAUACGCCGAGCUUCAUGCGAAUAUCUAAAUCUAAUUUUACAAAUAUGGCCUACUCAAAUAUUACAAAAACACGUGACUACAUUGCAAGACACGAUCAAGAAAGGUAUUGCAGAUUCAGAUUCGGAAGCGAGAGCUUUUGCUAGGAAAUCAUACUGGGCAUUCAAAGAUCAUUUCCCGGAACAAGCAGAAGCAUUGCUCAAUAGCCUUGACACUGCAUAUAAACGUUCGUUAAUGUCUCUCAGCAAUAGCGGUAGCAUUAACAGUUUAAAUGUAGUUACGAGAUCAGCCAGUGUUAGUCCACGAACAUCCAGACCAGUCAUGAGUGUUACAGGUAGUACGGAAAAUUUGCAUCAAACUUCGGGUCAACCACAUGGCCCACUCAGACGAACGCCGUCCUUGCCACGGUCAUAUCGUCAAUCUGGUAUCCCAGUCCUCCAAAGACCCACUGAUAGUCAUUAUCGUGGAACUUCGAGUGUUAGGUCGACUAGUGCGAUAGAUUUACAAGCCGCACAAAGAGCUAAAGCGAGAAUGAUGUAUGCGAACAUGAGUAGACAGAAGGCAUCACUUCCACGUCCUAGCAAAUCACCAGACACAACUGCUGUUGCUAGUCCAGAAAGAACGGCAAGAACAAGGACUCGAAUGUCUGGAGUGUCGCAAUCUCAACCUAGCAGUAGAUCAGGAUCGCCAUCAUCAAGACUGAGUUAUGCAACUUAUAAUCGUGAAGGAGAAUCGUUAAUUGCAAGACCUAGACGGUUAUCUGGACAUGGAAUCAGAAGUACCGGUAAUAGUCGUGAGCCAAGCCCACAAAGGUUUGGAAUGGACAGAAGUUUUGCAAGCAAAAUACGGGGAAGAAGUUUACAUAUGUCUCCAACGGAUAGACCUCAAUCCAGACCAGUCAUGGCACAAAAGAUGUUGCAACAAUCACGCGAAGCAGAAUCAGCAUUGGCGGAUGCGCUUACGUUUGAAAAUAUUGAUAAUUAUACAAGAACACCAAGAGGAAAAGGUGAUCACAGCGAUGAUAGUGAAACUAGCAGCAUAUGUUCUGAACGAAGUAUGGACAGUUUUAGACGACCAAACGAUUCGUUCUCAUGGAGUGGCUCUCAACAAAGACUAUAUCGUGAUAUGUGGGAUCAGUCUAUCCCAAAGGAUAUUAAGGAAAUUAUAGAAAAUUGUGCACAUAAACAUUGGGGCGAUAGAAAAGAAGGUUUAGUUGGAUUACAACAUUUUCUUUCAAACGGAAAUACGCUUACAGCUACGGAAUUGCGAAAAGUAACGGAUAUUUUUACAAAAAUGUUCAUGGAUUCUCAUACAAAAGUUUUUAGUUUAUUUUUGGAUACAUUGAAUGAACUAAUAACUACUCAUAGUGAAGAUCUUGGCGAUUGGCUUUAUGUUUUAUGUGCAAGACUUUUGAAUAAAUUAGGCACUGACUUACUUGGUUCGAUACAAGCAAAAAUUCAUAAAACGCUUGAAGUUGUUAGAGAAUAUUUCCCAGGAGAGCAACUUUUACCUGCUGUAAUGAGGUAUUUAACAGAUCCAACACAAACUCCAAAUUCUCGCGUAAAAGUGGCGACGCUUAUGUUUAUUACACAAAUAGCAGAAACGGCACAACCAUCUGCACUUAAUAGUUCUGCAGGAACAGCAUUAGCAAGGUUACUUGAUUGGUCGAAUGAUGUUAAAAGUCAAGAAGUCAGAAGGCAUGCACAAAAUGCUGUUAUAUCGCUAUAUAAUUUAAAUCCUCCAAAAGUGACUAUGAUAUUAGCUGAAUUACCGAAGUAUUAUCAGGAAGCGGCAUUGCCAUUAGUACAAAAUCAUUUAAGAAAAUCAUCAGGUUCGAGUAAUCCUGCAUCUCCUGGAACUCCGCCUCCUAGAGCACAGAGCUCACCAGCUCGUUCGAAAGGUAAAACUGAUAUCGACAAUGCGGAUGAAAAUUUGGAAGAAGUUUAUAAUACUUUCUACAGAUCAUUAAGACGUACAACAGCUGAAAUACAAAAUUAUGGUUUUGAACGUUUGGAAAGAGCAACUACUAGUAAAGAUAGUGGAAUCAGCAAUAUGGCUGAUGUAGAAGAAAAAAUGGAAGGACUUACAUUAUGCAAUUCGGGUCGUUCAUCUUCUGUUUCUUCUCCUACCCAAAGAGGACGAUCUGUUACUAAUAUUACAGUAAAUGGUUCAAGUGAUACUAUUGCAGGAGAUCUGAUUCUACCUCAAGAAAAUAAUGGUUAUAAAACGCAUGGUUCAUCACCUGAUUCGAUAAAAAGGCCAGAAGUUUUAGAUAAUAUGAUUAAAACAUUACAAUCUAAAAUGACACAAACCGAAGAAAAAGUAUCAGCAUUACAAGAAUUUCAAUUAUACGUUCGUGAAGGAGAUGCCUUGUACAUUAAACAAAAUUUUAAAAAACUGCUCAAAACAUUAUUAGAUAGUUUGACUAACGAUAGUAAGAAGAUGCAAGUAGAAGUACUUCAAACUCUAAUUGAUAUGCUUAAAUGUACGGAACUUGUAGAUAGUUUUUCUGUUUAUCCUGAAUUACUGGUUUUAAAAGUGAUUAACGCGUAUAAGUUAGAUGAUCAAAAACAAGAUUCUUCCAGUAGCAGUAAUUCCAGAUCUCCAGUUCUAUGGAUGGCGGAAAAAUGUGCUGCAACGAUAGCAAUGGUUUUAAAACCAGAACAAGUUAUUCACUUAGUAUCAACUAUAAUAACUACUGAACCAUAUCCCUUGAAUAUGGGUGCAAUAAAAAUGCUUCAUAAGGUUGUGGAACAUUGGGGUCGUGAUGCAAUAGAACCUCAUUUAUCAAAAGUUAUGCCUGGUCUUAUCAAAGCAUAUGAUGAUACUGAAAGCGCAGUACGCAAAAGUGCUGUAUUCUGUAUGGUAGCAAUACACUUGGCAGUUGGUGAAGAGUUGUUGAAACCUCAUCUCAGUUGUUUAUAUACCAGCAAAUUGAAGCUUUUAAACAUUUAUAUACAACGCGCGCAACAAGCGAACAGUCAACCAGCAAGUCCACGUAGCAAUAGCAAAAAUUAACUAACACCAAAUUCCGCGACACUUAGGAUCGCGAUACUUAAAAGGUUUGCUCGUUUGAGUGCAAGACAUGAACGAAUGCUGGUUAGCUUCCUUAGUAAGUCCAAUCCGUGACAACUAUCAUCGAACGAUAGAACAAUACAAGUCGAUGUUUUUCAAUAUGAUAGACUGAUCUGCAUGAUUUCACGGCAAGGUGUGUGCGACAUACCUGACCUCCUGACAGUGAUGUUGCACAAAAGCAGGUAGUAUACAAGUUAUUUAUGCAUAUUGUUUUGUUUACCAAAAAUUUAUACCUAUUGCAAUGAGAGAAUUGCUUUAGAUGUAAGAUUUCUCCAGUCAUAAUAUAUAUAUUUUUUAUUGAUACGUUACAUUUUGAUAUUAAGUUGCAGCGUCGUUUCUUAUGAAAGAAAGAAGAAAAGCUUUAAAAAAAAAAAAAAAAAAAACUCCUCCGUAUGUUAUGCAGCUCAUAAAGAAUAGUAUCGUGCCUCUUGUUCACUUUGUGAUUUUGUAUACUUUAAAUUUUGUUCGCUAUUCGUUAGGAUAUUGUAUAUAUUUAGGUAUCUCAGUGUAUUGUUGUGCAUCUUUUAGAGUUGAUUGCGAUGAUUUAAUAGGAAUGUGAUUCCAAAUAAUUUAAAUGUCGACUCGAUCUAAUUGAAAGUAUGAGAAGACAGUGCGACAUCACUGCCGAGAGACUCAUAUUUUGUAAGCAGAAUGGACGUGAAUUGCCAAUUAUAACGGUACCGAAAGCAUUGUAUAAAAAUACAUUAUACGCUUGUUCGCCGAUUUACAAACAUCGCUAAUACUAUUGCACGUGGCAAUAAAUUUUGCUGUGCACUUUGCAAUGAAUAAGUUGGAAGGGAAAUAAAGACUCGGUAAUAUCAAGACGAGAAUGGGCGUUAUAUUUGGUAUCGGCUCUGUACGAACAGUGAUAAUGAAUAAAUUUCAUAUAAAAUAUUUUUUUCGCAUUUCAGCAUUAACGAGACAGGAUUCUCGCGAGUAUCGUAUUUGUUAAUGAUUACAUGUAUGCAUAAUACGAUUGUCACGGGAGCUUUUAUAUACACGUAUAAGUCGAAAUGUCGAAAAAGACAUAAUGAAUUUAUUUGUUCAAAAUCUACGUGCUAGUCAGUUUCCAAGGACGCACAAUGACCCAAGAGAUGCAGACGAGAUAAAGUUCAGAAGUUUUCUCGAAAAAAAAAAAAAACAAGAAUAAUAUUUGAACACAGAGUCUGUGAGAAAGAAACGGAGAGAAUGUGUAGAAUGAAUGAGAGAUGCGACGAAAUCAGCAAAACUAGAGUAGGAAUGAUUAAGGGAAUGAUAUUCGAAACUAACGUUAAUAUUUAAACUAUUCGUCACGUUGCCAAUAAUUAAACGAAUGCUAAAUCAAAGCUAACGUAACAAGUUUAGUAACAUUCUGUGCCAUUGUCGUUUUUUGUUUUAUUUAUAUAAGGAUAAAAUUAUACAUACAUAUAUAUACAUAUAUAUAUACAUAUAUGUGUAUAUAUAUAUGUAUAUAUAUAUAUAUAUAUACAUAGAUCAUUUCGUCUUUUCUUACUAGUAGGAUGAAAUAACAGAAUAAUUUCAUUGAAAGUGAACCAUUACAAUAUUAAAGGCAAAAAAGAAAUAGAUAUUGCAUAUUUUAAACUUGACCAUUCAUAAAUUUUUCUUCAAAGAUACAAGUACUAUAAAUUAAGUUGACGUAUAAAUCUUUGUGAGAUUAAAGUUAUAAAUACGAUUCACACCUAACUCGACAUAAUAAAACACGUGAUAAUGUGUUUUGAUUUUUAAUAGGUGGCCAAAUAGUGCCAAAAAAUGGUAAUGUGCGACAGGAAAGCAAUUGGAUUCAAACGUUCGAGUAGUCAGGUUAUUUCUUUUACUUGGUGCCUUUGGCGUCGUCAGAACAAGAUAUGUUCGGGGAUCGUCUUUCAUCUUCUUGUAAAAAAGAGAAAAAGCUAUCGUUAAAGUGAUUAUAGUGCAAGUAGCUAGAAAACUCCUGUAUUUGCUGAUGUUGCGUAAAAUGGACAGUGAUUAAGUGAUCAAGAUAAAAGUUUCUCAUUCGUUAUUACGAUAGAAAAAAAGAAGAAAAAAAGUAAAAAAAGAUUCGGAUUAUCUCAACAAUAUUCGUGUUCAUUUUGCUAUUUUAUCGUAGAACACGAAGAAUGCCAGUUUUCGUGGAUUGAUACAUGUAUCAUCGACAUCGUUUAAGAAUGUAAUCAUGUCUAUUUUCAUAAAUUGUGGUAGUCGUAAAAUGAAUUGUAUGGACGCGAAUCGUUUUUACCAAUUGCGAUUUGAUUAUAGACAGGAUAAAUGGUUUUUCAUUCACGGGAAAUCGGUAGGAAGUUUUACAAUACAACUUGGAAUUUUCAAUGAAGGAAACAAGUGGAGAUAUGUGUAGGAUUUAGUGUGAUUAUAUCAAUUUGUCUAAUAUAAACUUUUUUAAUAUUACGUUUGUUGAUAUUCUUUUCGCAAUUCAUUCGUCAUUGCCGUAAUUAUUUAAAAAAAAAAAAAAAGAUUUAGAGUUUGACCUGGUGUGUACGGAUAUAUCCUGUAUAUAUAUACAUAUUAUUAAAUAAUAUAGAAUUUAAUGUAAUAUUAAUACGGAUUAGGUAGCCACCGUCACUGCCUGCAGCGUUAGUCGUGCUGAGAACGCAGACCUUGGCACUGCUGGACUCUGCAUAGUGUCGCGAUCGUUUAUAAAGAAAGAAGAAAGAAGAAAGCUUGUUUUGUUAAGUUUUUGAGCAUUAUUAUUGACAGGAUUUAUAUUAUAUUUACUAACGCGUGUAUGAUAUGUAGGUAUGAAUAUAAUUAAGGCAUAUUAUCGAAAUUUUUGCCACUUUUUUUUUUUUUGCAUCACGAUCAUGAUGAAAUUACAUUAUGAAUUUAAUCACAUUUAUUCGUUAUACAGACAAUAUAUAGUUUUGCUAUUUUAUUUUAUUUAAUGCAGUGACAGAAAAAAAAAACGAACGAAAAUAACAACAAGCAUAAUUUAUUGUAAUUCAAAAAAAAAGAUCAUCACAAGAAUUUCUAUAUCAAUGUCCGUGCUUAUUGUGUCCCAUAAUGUUAAAAAUGAAACAUAUUUUAAUUGUUACAAACGAUUAAAUGGAAAUAAUUAAGCACGGACAUUUCUAUUGUAAGAAAUCAUUGCGAUGUAAAAAUGAUAUACGCUUUUACGUGUGACGUCAAUAACAUAAUUGGCGUAUAAAAAUGAAAUUAUAGAAAUUUUUUCUUUUUCUAUAUUCUAUGUAUGGAGAAAGGAGUUGUUUUGGUAUUCGGUAUUAUUAAUAUUAUUAUUUUUAUUAUUAUUAUCAUUAUUAUUGCCAAACUGUGCCGAUUCUUCGCUUUGUACGUUAUUCAUUUAAGUACGACUAAAUUAAAUAGGAUAAAUUUUUGCACCGCAGACAUAGCUAUUAAUUCUGUUAAUAUAUUACUUUGAUACUUAUUGCACGCACAGAUGUAAAUACCUUUUAAUAUAUGAAAUUCUUCGACUGUGAAUUUUCUUUCGAUUUCCCGCGAAAAGGAAAUCAUUGAAAAAAAGAAUAAAAAACAAAAACUAUCUCAAUCGCCGAUAUACAUAUUUAAUAUGCUAAUCUUAUUAGUAGUAGAGACUAUAUUUUAUAUGCGAGAAAAAUAGUCGAUUGCUUCAUAUGUCUGUCAAUAAAUGAAAUUUGAAAAGUAUUAACUAUUAAUCAUAUAUUAACUUUGUAGUUUAACUUUUUUGUACUUUUAUCUUUUUUCGAAAUAUCUUCAAUUAGAAAAACUUCGAGUUGUCAAGGCGCACUAGUCGAUAUAAAAAAAUAUCAGUCAUUCGAUAAGAUUCGAUACAUAGAAUAAAAUCAAGAUUGACAGAAUUAAUAUGCGAUACUGCAGCAAAAAAUCAUAAAUAAACAAUUUCAUUAUUUUGUUGCGAUAUUUUGUCUGACUAUUUUAUUAUUAAAUGUCGAUCUUAUAUCAUAUAUACGUAUGCGUACAUUUAUGAAACACAUGUAAUUCAAACUCGUAUUUAAUUUUUAUUCCUUAAUUGACGAAUUCGCGUCAAAAUAAAGCCAAUUGUCGUAUACUUUCAAA